AUGGAUCCUCGGGCCACGCCCAUCUGGCGCAUCUGCGGGGUCAGGUUGAGCGAACACGUCCCGUAUGAACGCGACGCCGCGGCUGAGUAUAGCAUGGAACACAGGAUCCUGGGCGCCAUGAACGGUCGGGACGGCCUCUUCCCCGAGCUCCUCUCGUACGGCCGUUUCGUCGAUCACGAUGGUCGGUGGUUCAUCUACACGGUGCUGUCACACAUCCCCGGCACAACCCUCUGCGACAUCGUCGAUGCCUCGCUGAUCAUGGGCGACGUCGAGACGGCAAUCGCGCUCCUUCACGAGACCGGAUUCGUCCACCGCGAUCUGCACGACGGUAAUGUCAUCGUGAAGCCCGAUGGUCACGCCGUGCUCAUCGAUUUCAACUGCUUUACGCCGGCAGCCUCUCAAUAA